AUGGAUCAACCGCAUCAGAGCUCAUCGACACAACGUGGCCGGCCGCGGCAGCGAUCCGCUGUCGCAUGCACGUGGUGUCACUCGAGGCGCGUCAAAUGCAAUGCUGCAGCAAAGGGGACGCCCUGCUCGAACUGUGAGGUCGCACGUCGCAACUGCCUCUUGAUCGAGAGCAAACGAGGCAAGAAGCGGAAAGUGACAGCUUCCCCUUCUGCCAUUGAGAACGACCUGCCAGGUCUCGCGCCAACAUCUCCAGGUGAAGCUACUGUCGAGCCGGGCAACGUCUACGAUCCAUUGAAGGGGGUUCGCACUCGGCCGAAGAGUGGGCAGGAUGGUCGUCCCCGGACUGUGUCUACGUCGACCUGUGUCGCCGACCCGCCCGAUUCAGGACAAGAAACUCAAGAGACCCUCUAUGCACAGGUGCUCGACAGAGCUACUAACGGGGAUGCUCUUCGAGAUGUCAAGGAAGGCGUGGUGCAUUCUUGCUACAUGGGCGAGACAUUCAAUUUAACCCAUCUGCUACGCCAAACCAAUGCGGACUCUGCUCGAUCCACGCGCAAGAGACACUACCUGGUACGAUUUGACCCCCAAAAUCGAGCAACACACCCCGUGGAAGACGACGACUUCGUUCUGUCGUUGCUGCGGCAUCAAGGCUGCUUCACCAUACCUUCUGUCCACACUUGCUACCAGUUGUUCCGCACCUACUUCGAGUAUGUCCACCCUCAUUACCCUAUCCUGGACCGCGCCGACUUCGCUGCCCAGUACACUGAUCUCGAACACCCGCCAUCUUAUCUCUUACUACAGUCCGUGUUAUUUAUGGCUGCUGGGCAUUGUGAUCUCUCUGUCCUGAUCGAGGCUGGUUUCCAUUCGCGCUACCACGCUCGGAAGACGUUUUUCCAACGCGCCAAAGCUCUGUAUGACUGCGACCAUGAACCGAACAAAGUCACCGUCGUGCAAGCGGUCUUCCUCGUCAGUUUCUGGUGGAACGGGCCCACCGAUCAGAAAGACACGUGGCACUGGCUUGGCGUCGCGAUCAGUCUGGCACUCACGCUUGGAAUGCACCGGUCGACAAAACAUUCAGACAUGAAAUCGAAGGAUCGGUGUCUAUGGAAAAAGAUCUGGUGGUCACUCUUCGCAGAGGACAAGCAUGCUGCGACCGCCCUUGGUCGACCAGUCCACACUCGACGGAGAGACUGUGAUGUCGAGCUUCUCAAUGUUACCGACUUUGAUGAACAACCUGUCGCAAGACCUGAUAUCUUCGGCACUCCGGAGCCCGUUGAUUGCCUCUAUGUGAUUGCCCUGGUUGAGCUUUCCUUCAUCGCCGAAAGCAUUGUUGAGAAGUCCUUUACAGCGUUUAAUGCCACCACAGCCGACAAUAUCGACAUGUUUCAGGAUUGUUCCCACGCUCUUGAGCAGUGGAGUUCGCGGCUUCCGCCUCAGCUAUCCAUUGAGAACACAAGUAAUUGCCUUUGGACGAGCAUGUUGCACAUAGCACACAGCUGGUUUGAGAUCGUCACCCAUCGUUCCAUCUCGCCCCAAGAUCUGUCUCCACCUUCGAUGAAGACUGCUCAUGCUCUAGCGAUGGAUGCAGCAAACCGCAUGGUUCGCAUUGUCGAAGAACUUCUCUCGCAAUCUCACAUUCUGCACUGUCCCAUUCACAUUGUGCCAGCAUUGUUCGCAGCCAUGGGGAUGCAAGCGGUGGAUAUAUGCUCCGGGCAGUCGAUCCUCGAACAGCUAGGCGUUGUCAAGGUCCGCCUCGCAAUGAUAGCCCUGCGGGAGCUUCAGAGCACCUGGCCAGUGAGCGGCUGGAUCUUCCGCCUAUUCGCAAAGAUUGUACGCAGAAUACGCAGUGGUGACGAGUUAUUACCAAACGAGCCUGUAAAUGGAUUGCCUGUCCAGGCAAAGAGCCAGGGCCCUGACCAUCAUGGCCCAGGGGCACUCGUACCAGGCCAGAUAUCGAACGAGGAACAGCCUCUGAUGGGGAAUGGCAAACUGCAGUGUGGGCAGGAUCCAAGCUUGACCCAGCUAUACACCAUGUCAAGUCACCCUCUCGGACGACAACUCUUCCCCGAAGCUUCAAAUAUUGUCAUGCCGAUGAGUUAUCCAGCAGACUGGGGCACGAUACUUGACGAUGGAGCAUGGGCGGACUUUGAGUACGAAUUCUGA